AUGAACAGGGAGGGCGGGCGGCUGCACCGCGCGGCCAGCGAGCGCUUCGCCGCCGGCUACAUCCAGUGCAUGCACGAGGUGCACACCUUCGUCUCCAGCUGCCCUGGCAUCGAUGCCACCACGGCUGCUGAGCUGCUCAACCACCUGCUGGAGUCCAUGCCCCUCAACGAGGGCGGCUUCCCGGACUUGAUCGCGGACAUUUUGGCAGAUCCUGCCCUCGGCCCCUGGCCCAGCAGUGAGGCGCUGGCCCCAGCGGCCGAGGCCUCCCUGGGCCUCGCUCUCCCUGCCUCAGCACCCUCGCCCUCCCCCAGUGAAGAGACCUGCUCCGACUCGGAUGAGGUGGAGGCCGAGCCUGGCCAGACCUCCACUGAUGGACUGGACGCUUCCCGGACGCAUGGCCUGCCUUCGCCUAGCUUACCCAAAUCGAUGUGGAGACCCUGGUAACAGAGGAGCACGCAGGAGUCAACGCAGACCUACCUAGCAGGAAGAGCAGCAGGGCCCCACGCUCCCCUGCAGCCCUCCAAGCAGCACAGAGGACCGCCAGCACGUGUGCAUGUGUGCAGCUGGCAUCGCUGUGUUUUGGGACUGCAUCAAUGGCACUCUUACGCUGUCAUGCCCUGACAGGCUAAUAGCUAAACAUGUUAACAUUUCAUCUGUGUGUAUGUGUGUGUGCGUGUGGCAUUUUGUAACUUUAGGGGUUGUUUUGAUGAGGGGGGAGGAGGGAGUUGGCUUCUAGUAGCAAAGCUCUUUGGGGGAUACACAGCAGUUAUUUUACAACCCUGUCUCUUUCUCUUGGCCCUUAUAAGUGGCCCAAAUAUCACUACCUUUUUCUCUUAAGAAAAAGCCCUUGUGCAUUUCAAAUCAUGACGGUUAACUCCAUGAGAAGCUCAGAUAAGUCUGCAUGUAGAGUUUUAAGUGUUCUAGUGAUAGCAAAGAUCCCUGAAAGGGGUUGGUGUGGUUAGCAUCUGUACUCGGUAGCAGUCUAUAGAGUUUCACCUUCAGUGAAGGAAGAGAAAACUAGAAACCUGUUGGAAUUAGAUGAGCAUUUAAAAGAUAUUGGUGGCAGGGUGCCUUUUAGAAAUGAGUGUCUUUAUGCACAUUUUGCUUUUAGCACAUUUGAGUUUAUUGUGACUUUAUGUAUAUUAGGGUGUCAAACAUUUUUUAUUUUUAAUCUUUAAUAAAAUACUGAAUUCACAACA